ACAACCCGUUCCCCCCCCCCCCCCCCCACCCCCCAACUGCACAAUCUGCGGCGUCGUUAACGGUCGCGGCGAUGGCAGGAACGGCGCUGAAGCGGCUGAUGGCCGAGUACAAGCAAUUAACACUAAAUCCUCCAGAAGGAAUUGUUGCAGGUCCCAUCAAUGAGGAGAACUUCUUCGAAUGGGAGGCUUUAAUCAUGGGCCCUGAAGACACCUGUUUUGAAGGCGGCGUGUUUCCAGCUAUCCUGAGUUUCCCGCAUGAUUACCCACUGAGCCCACCAAAGAUGCGUUUCACUGGAGAGAUGUUUCACCCGAAUGUUUAUCCAGAUGGGAGGGUUUGCAUCUCAAUCCUGCACGCACCAGGCGAUGACCCCAUGGGUUAUGAGAGCAGUGCAGAGCGAUGGAGUCCUGUUCAGAGCGUGGAGAAGAUUCUCCUCUCGGUCGUGAGCAUGCUGGCAGAGCCUAAUGAUGAAAGCGGGGCCAAUGUGGACGCCUCAAAGAUGUGGCGUGAUGAUCGGGGACAGUUCUACAAAAUCGCCCAGCAAACCGUGCGGAAAUCCCUCGGCCUGUGAUCAGAGAGCAUUGCAAUUGUACAGGAUCGCCUGCAGUAUUUAAUGGUUCUUUGCACAUUGCAGUUUGUCUCCUGCUUUUCAUAUGCAAGGAUAAAGUUAGGAUUGUCCCAUUUUCCUAGCUGGUAUUAGAACAGCCCCUUUAUCGGCCUCCUGUUAAAACUUAACCGGAGCGUAGCGUGGCUUUCACGGCUGUUAUCAUUUUCCAUUUCUGACGCAAAUAGAGGUUGAACUUGCUUGGAUGAAAUAGCUGAAGGGAUAAAAUAACUUCCCCACAAGAUGCUGCAACUGUUUCUCAGUGAGUUUUCUUUCUCUUAAGUAUUGCUGUUACUGGAACUAGGUGUGGUAUUUCUACUGGGCUGGUCUGUGCAGAUUCCAAAGACCUUGCAUCUUAAUCUUGGGGACAGUGAUGGGAGGCUCUCUGCCCUAGAAUUUGCUUCAUCUUUAUUGGAUGCAGACAGAGUCAGAGAUGCAGGCACAACUGGGAAGUUUUUGUUUUUCUUGUGUGGACUUGCCUUUGCAGUAUACAAUGGCAAAGGGUACUAUCAACAAGUUUCCCUUACUCAUUAAAGGCACACAGCACCGUGUAGAGAUGAGGGAAGCAUGAUUUGACUUUUGUAGCAUAGGGGACAUCAUUUACUAGACGAUCAGGGCACCCUCCUAUCUCUUUCCAGCAUUUGCAUUUAUUCUCGUUGCAGCACACUGAUGUUUUCCAGAAUAGAUGGCCCUUCUAAUAGAGUGAAAUAUAAGGUUUCUGCAAAAAAGCUUUUAGAGGUUAAAAAUAAAAAGCAACAUGAGGAUGCAAGUAUCUGGUGAAAAUCCCUCCUUCCCCCAACUGUGGAGAACUCAAAACGGCAUUUCAAAUGGAUUACCUAUGCUGCUAAAAGUGCUUCUGGUUUCCUGUCGAUAUAUCCAUCGCUGUGUGCACAUAUGUGUGUCUGCGUAUGUGUGUGCCGCCAAUGGCAGAGCGAAGGAAAUCAAUAUGCAAGAGACUAAAAUCCAGCAUUUUUAGGGCUCGCUUCACUUCCAAUUUGACAUUUCUCUUUUUUUCCCCCCACUUCCUCCCUUCUUAGUGAGCAGCAUACCUGCUUGAUUCAUGGUUGAUACUGAAGUGGUUUUAUUGUAUGGCCUUGAAUAAUGCUGGUUGUAACCUGCAGCCUCACUCACUGGACAGAAUGUCUUACUGCCACUCCAAGCCCGCACUGCAGCUUGUUACAUUUUGUUUGUGGCAGGUUCUUCCUGUGGCUUUCCCUGGCCCUUUUAUUUUCAUUCAUUUAUGAGAUGUGAACGUCGCUGGCUAGGUCGGCAUUUAUCGCCCAUCCCUAGUUGCCCUUGAGAAGGUGGUGGUGAGAUACCGUCUUGAACUGCUGCACCCCUUUUAUGGUUCAAGUAAGAAGCAGCCUAUGUUAGUAGAAAGACAGGAUGACAACUUCACCGGUAACUUGGGAACUUUUCAGAUACCAGGAAACAAAAGAGAACAGCAUCUGUAAACGCACUGCCAUGGUGCCUGUACAUUAGGCGCAGUGUGGCAGGACAGCCUCUAGACUGUCCUCCCAAACUGUGGCUCACGAGGCGAGAUUGUGGUGGCGUGAGUUCCAAGGCAGCAUUGGCUGCUGUGGAGCUCGAACUGAAUGUUAACAGCCCCGUUAAAUCCUUGUGUUGAUUUUUAAACAGUGGAUGUGGUCUACAUAACUGAUCCUUGAUGCCUGAUUCCUGUUCCAAAAAAGCCAGAGAAAAGUUAGAGUUUUUAAAAAUCCCUGAGAAUAUUUGACACUCUUUUUUUGCCUGUCCUCUUCCCCCACCUCCUCCACCACCCCACCCCUGGCUCUCUCAGCCCCCUUGGCAAUUUUCAGCCUUGAAGUGGUGUCACAGUGGGAAAAAGUUUAGGAAGCACUGCUCUCAAUUGUGGCAAUACAAGCCAUGGGUUAUUUAGGCCAAAUGUUCUCAAACCUGUUUGGUUGAAAUAUCCCUCUUCAAACGGAUCAGUAAUCUCAGACCUCUUCACUUAAAUUAUAAUGCAAAAACUCUUAAUGUAAAGAUCAUCGGUGCCCUGUUAAGCCCUUUAUCAAGGGUUAAUGUGAUUGGUGAUGUGAAAGCUUUUAUCUUUCCUACAACUGAAAGGUAACCCUACUGGUUUAGCAACAUACCUGUUGAAUACUUCACUGUACAGCACCUUCCUACUCUCCCUGGAGUGUGAUUAGGCCCGAUGACUCCUGUUGGGAACAGUGGCACUGCUUCAGGUGUAAUGCUCCACUGCCCUCCUAUGCGCUGCACUGCUGCUGAGUGUUUUGGGUUUUUUCCCUCCCAUCUUGCUAUUUACAGGCCUCCUCACACCGGAUUAUUGCUGACAUGCUGCCUGGUGUGCGUCAUUUCCGCCAUCAUGACACUGCCAGUAGCUUGGACUGCAGCUUAGUCCAGUCACAGGCCCAGCUGCUGUACUCGGUGAACAAAGCUCAGCUUGUUUAUCAUUUCCAUGCCCCUGGACAAACCUGAGGUGGCAGCUCCUCUCUACCUCCCCAUGAGUCCCGUUCCUGCAAAUCCACUUUCGAAUGUCCCUGGGGCCUCUUGUCUUCUUUCUCUGGAUUCUCAGUCAGCCCAAGGCCCCUCUAAUCUGGAUCUGUGACCAUUUACAGAGCUGCCCUGGCCCUUUUGCUGGCUGGGCAAUCGCUUCUGAGUGUCUCGCUGACCCCUGGACCUGACGUGGAACUCUCUGAAGUGUGAACUCUCAUCUGUGCUGUUCAACGGACCAAAUUAAAAUAAUGAUAAACAGUGCUCACCUGACCCACACCAUGACGUUUACAUAUUUCAGUCACCAUCUGGAAGGCAGACCCCAGUUUGAAAAUCACUUAAACAAGGUGCUGGUGGCCAGUAGAAAUGGGCCAACCCUCCUGUCCCUAACCUGACUCUAGUGCAGAUUGAUCAGAAACAGGCCAUUCAGUCUAUGCCAGUGGCUACAGUCCACACAAGCCUCUCCCCACCUUACUACGUCUAACCCUCUCAACUUAUCCUUUUAUUCCUUUCUCCUUUGUGUACUUAUCUAACUUUCCUUUAAAUGCAUAUGUGCUAUUUGCAUCAGCUACUCCUUGUGGUAGUGAGUUCUACACUCUCUCUACACUCUGGGUAAAGAUGAUUCUCCUGAAUUCCAUAUUGUUAGAGACUUAAACACUUGAAAAAUGUCACACUGGUGCUCUAAGACAUGUCCUUCUCGAGUUGGGCUUAAGACACAUUGGGGCAGAGCAGAAGCUGGUUUGCUGUGGCACCUUGGCUGUAACUCACCAGUGGAGUUCGUCACUACCACUCAGCACUUCAAAUGGAUCUGUGUUCUAUUACUCCAGCAGUAGCAUGCCUCUCCUUUUAUGGUGCAAGAUAUCAUGGCAAUAAUCUUUUUUUUUCCUGAUGGCACAGUCAAUUUAAACAUUUGCUUGUGUCAUCCUCAGAAAUUAAGACUCCUCGGGAGACAUAUGGGUUUACUCGAGUUGUUGAACAGUGACGAACAUGCUAGUGGUGAACUCAUUGGGGAGUGAAGUAUCAGACAGUAAUCUGUCUUAGAAUUCCAGUAAUUGAAGCAGUUAGAGUGGCAUCGCUGCUUACAGCUCUGCAUCAACAAUGCCAGCAAUCAGAGCAGCUUGAAUGGGAGUUAUGCAUGCAGCUUGUAAACACCACACCAGUAGCAAUGGGCUAAUGGAGUAGGUAAGAAGACUUCUAAAUCUGUAGCUGAACUACAAUGAAGCUUUUCAGUAGAUAUGGAUAGAUGGGACAAUAUUGCUAUUUAAUGUUUAAUGAUAUGUCCCAUGUGUUUGAAGGUUGAGAAUGUGUUUUAAUUUCCAUUGUUCUGUGAUUGACCCCAUUAUAUACUGCAGUAAUGUAUUUCUGAGGCUGAGCAACGUGCAAACUCGAUAGACCUACACACAAUGUAUUCUGGGACCCAGUUUCAAAGAAGCAUGCCUGUGCUAGCUGGCUUUUCAUAUUUCCAAAAGGAAAUGGUGGGCUCUUCUCAGUCCAAUUUCGUGUGUUCUAUAGUCCAUGACACAUAACUGCCAUUUUAUUAGUAAUUUGACAAUCUUGCUUCACAAACAGAAGGAGUAUACAGUGCAAGAAAUAGAAUACCAUACUGGUGCAUUAUUUCUGAUGCUGAAAAUUGGACUGGUGGUUUCAGGAUUCCAACAUCAUCUCUACAUUGUAGCUAAUUUGGACUCCUUGCUUAACAGGUAAUGUAAUGGGACCUGUGUCUAUUAGCCCAGUCGCCAAGAACCAGGGCUCUAAUGACAGGAACCAGUAGUAAGGUGGACCCAACAAUUCAUAGGAACAGAAGUAGGACAUUUAGCCCUUGCGUCUGUUCAGCCAUUGAAUGGCUGAUCUGCAUCUCGGACUUCAUCUACCCAUUUUGAUUCCAUAUCCUUUAAUACCCUAAACUAACAAAAAUCUAACACUCAAUUUUUAAUUUCUCAGUUGACCCCUAGACUCAACAGCUUUUGAGUUCAUUACAAAAUCCACAGUAAAGCUUGUAAGGCAGUGUUGUGAAUGAGGCUUGUGAUUCCUGUUAAAAUGUUAUAUUGCUAUACCAAUGAAAGUGAUUUUUAUUUUAAAAUUCUGUCAUUAAUUUUUAAUUAAAUAAUUCAGGAGUCACGGGCAGGAUCUUGAUAAAAUUCACUUGCACUGGUAUAGUGUCAUACCAUUUUAGCUGGAUUCACAGCCCCCAUUCACAUCACUUCCUUAUGAAAUAUACUAUUGAUGCUUCUUAUGGCAAAUCUUAGUUACUUUAUAAUGACCAAGUAGACAGCCUAUAAAAUGGACUAAUAGAGUUUAACCUCCAUUGUAAAUAUUUACCAUUAAAGGUAAUUAAAUUGAAUCUACAUUAUUAAAAUGGAGAAAUUACAUUUUAUUGUAUUACAUUGCCCGCUUUCAUGAUGUGAACUCUAUUUGGUUCUGCCAAUCUGUGAAAGUGUUAAUACUGCACAUGAGCCUCCUCUCACCUUUCUUUUCUCACCAUAUUAACAUAUCUUUAUAUUUCUUUCUCCCACAUGUAUGUAUCUAACUUCCUCUGACCUUAAUCACCCCAUUGUGUAGCGAGUUCCAUGUUCUGACCACUCUGUAGCAUCUGAUGCUGAUUGAAAUAUUUUUAAAUCUGUCCAGUAGUACAGCAGAGUUGUGUGCCUGAGUAGCGAGUUCAACUGGGAAGUGUUGUAUUUCAAAAAGACAUCUCCAUGGCCACAUUCCUGUUGUGAUUCAGUUCAAACUUUGGCAUCAAGGAGUAACAUCUUGAAUUUUCUGUCAUAACUGGCGAAUUUUAACCGUUGUACACUUCUAGUUUCGAAUCAAACUAGACAAAAAUUAUAACUGAACAAAUUUCAGGUGAAUUUUACACUGCUUAUGAAUUCUCUGUUCACUCUAUUGCUCUGUAGAAAUAUUAGUGAAAGGCAAAUUGUAAAAAAUACAGUCCCUCGGAUCCAUAAGAAAUCAGGAUGCUGUGGGGGGAGGGGUGAUGGUCGGGGAGGACGUGGUGUCAUCCAUCACUGUACCAGUGAGAAGCAUUAUAUUAGACAUAUGGUUAUUUGCAGCAGAGUGUGGUAACCACCUGCCAUUAGUUUUUCACAGGCACUUUGUAAGGUUAGAGUGCUCUGCGCUACCUCUGUCCUGUGUCUUACCUGUCUUGGGGCUGCUUAAUGCCUACGCAGAAUAUAAAGCAUGGACUGUUGUAUUCCCUGUGCUGUUACUUAGCAACAACAUCUUGCAUUUAUGCAGCACCUUUAACAUAGAAGAAAGCAUAAGGAAAAGAAAUGAGGACCAAGCCAAAGAAGGAGAUAUUAGGACAGUGACCAAAAAUUAAUCAGAGGUGGAGUUUGAGGACAGUCUUAAAGGACAAGAGGUGGACAGAUCAACGUUCAUAAAUAACUGGUUCAGAAGGAACCAUAAUUUGCUCAUCCCGUUUAAAGACUACAGAUUGGGGAUGCUUUUACCUCAUAUUAACUUCUUGGCUGGUUUCAAAGAUACCCAGCAGUAAAAGGUUUAUUUUUCUUCUGUGUAAAAAAUGUAUACUAUAUAUAAAUAAAUGAAAUAAAUUUCUAGGUGUUUCAUGCA